AUGAGUACCACAUCUAUAGAGCAGCCAAAAAGCUUCGCAGCAGCUGUCCUUCCCCGCUACCACGGACCCCUCGUGAAGAUACGAAUCCAACCCAGUGAUCGCGAAUACACAAUCUCGAAGAGUCUUCUUUGCGCAAAAUCGCAAGUCUUUUCAACGAUGUUCAAUAGCAACUUCCUUGAAUCUAAAACACAGACAGCAACCAUUGAAGAAAUGGAAGGCGUUAUCUCUGUCCGCAGUCUUGAAGCUCUCUUUCAAUGGCUAUACCUAGGCAUAAUCAAGUUCGAGAUUGACAGUAACCAUCACGAAGAGCAUAUCUCCGCUGCAAUCGAACUCGCAAGACUUGCAGAUAAAUACGAUAUCACAGGUCUCGGUGUUGCCACGGUUCGAUAUAUCAAAAAACAACUUUCGGCCUCUGUUUCAGGCUACCACACUCACCUGACACCUGAGCACAAUAUCUCAGGUCUCCUUUUGCCUCAAGGACAUACGCUACGCCGCGUUUUGGCUGCGGCUUGCAUCAGCAACUUCCUUAGACCUGCAGAUCACAAGUUUAAAAAGGAAACUGAGGAUUAUCCUACUUUUGCAGCUGAUCUCCUCAAAGAGGUCAAAACAGCUCUCGAUAGAAGUUCGAAGUGUGAUAUCCAUUUAGAAGAUCCUAUCAGUGGACGAAGCACAUAUGUGCUAAAGGACCUAUAA